GUGCUUUCUGGAGAUGCCGUAGUUUUACAAGGUCAACCCACAAAUGGUCCUCCACCGGAGACUACCGUCUACCUUAGUAACGUGGUUGCUCCAAGACUUGGUAAACGUCCAACGGAAACCACUGCGGCAACUGUUGAUGAGCCUUUUGCUUGGGAAUCGCGUGCGCUUUCUCGAAAGAAAUCGUGGUCCGAUGGUCCUGAAAACGCUGAAAACGUCACUGAAACAGCGGUGGCAGAAGGUUGGGUUGAGGUUAGACCAGGGAAGAUAGCGGAUGAAUACGUCACGAAGUUGCUAGAAUUACAAGAUCAAGCUAAAGCUGCUGGAAAGGGUAAAUGGGGUAGUUCGAGCGAUGCCAUUCGAGAGGUGAAAUGGGUCAUCGAAAAUCCCAGGCAGUUGGCGUCGAGACUGGUUCAACAUACGAGUAAUCGCCUACUACCUUUGUUUCAGCCUUUGAGUACAUUCACUCUGCAACUGUCAGGAAGUGCGCGCCCCAGUCAACGACUGCUGGAACUGGACGGUAAAGCUGAGCAGUUCGCCGAGGAGGCUAAAUACUUUGUCGAGCAAAGGCUUCUGCAGCAGGACGUAAAGGUUGUCCUCGAGUCAACGUCUAAUCAGAAUCUUGUCGGCUCAGUUCUUCACCCUAAAGGCAACAUAGCCGAGUCGCUGUUGCGUGAGGGCUAUGCGAAGUGUGUCGAUUGGAGCAUCGGGCUGUGUACCGGUGGCGCAGAAAAGCUUCGUGCGGCUGAAAAGUUAGCCAAAGACAAGAAGCUGCGGCUAUGGCGAACAUAUCAACCCUCAGCUGCAAGUGCUCUUACUGGGGAUAAGAAGACCUUCUCUGGAAAAGUUGUUGAGAUCGUCAUGUCUGACGCUAUGGUAGUACGAAAAGCUGAUGGCUCAGAAGUUAAGAUUCACCUCGCAUCUGUGAGGUUGCCAAGGGAUUCUGACGAGAAGCCAUCCGUCGGAAGACAAUUCCGUCCUCUUUACGAUAUCCCAUUCAUGUUCCAAGCGAGAGAGUUUCUCAGGAAAAGAUUGAUCGGUAAAACUGUCACAGUGACAGUAGAUUACAUUCAGCCUAAGUCUGAGCAAUUCCCUGAGAAAACUUGCUGCACAGUGAAAGUUGGAGAACUUAACAUUGCGGAGGCUUUGAUUAUGAAGGGACUCAGCAAAGUUGUACGACAUCGGUCAGACGACGAGAAUAGAUCAUCUGAAUACGAUGCAUUGUUGGCCGCAGAGGCAAAUGCGGAGAAGAGCAAGAAGGGUCUGUUUGCGGACAAGAGUGCCGACAAAAAGGAUACUCUGCGCAUUCAAGAACUCCAAGGAGAUCUAGCCAGAAGCAAGCAAUUCCUACCGUAUUUGCAAAGGAGCACGCGGGCAGAAGGUGUCGUCGAGUUCAUUGCGAGCGGAUCGCGACUGAGGAUUUACAUCCCCAAAGAGACUGUGGUCAUUACGUUCCUCCUUGGUGGAAUUAAUUGUCCCAAGAGUGGUCGACCUGGACCUGGAGGUGUGACUGGACCUUCGGAACCAUUCGCUGAAGAGGCUGCUGCUUUCACUCGUCGACUAGUUCUCCAGCAUGAAGUGGAAAUUGAAGUUGAAGGGUUGGACAAGAUGGGAAACUUCAUCGGAUACCUAUUCCUUACUCCCGAGGGAGGAGGCAAGCCACAAAACCUUUCUGAAGUGCUUCUUGAGCAGGGACUGGCAACGUUGCAUUUCACCGCGGAGAGAAGUGUUCAUUACAAUCAGCUGGUCAUAGCGGAACAGCGUGCUAAAACUGCUAAGAGAAACAUAUGGCAGAAUUAUAAGGAGGAAGAGGUUGUUCCUGACGAGGUCAUAUCUCAGCAGAAUGAUACAGCAGAGAGACGUGUUCAAUACAAGAAAGUUGCAGUGACGGAUGUUCCAAAGGGCACGUUGAACUUCGCUGCGCAGUUGGUUGAAGAUGGGCCAAAACUGGAGAAGAUGACGGCGGACUUCCGUGAGUACCUCCAUCAGCAUCCACCCAUGACUGGUUCAUUCAACGCCAAACGUGGUGACUUGUGUGCGGCACCGUUUUCUGUUGAUGGUUUGUGGUAUCGCGCUAAAGUCGAAAGCAUUCGAUCUGGCCAGGCAGAGGUUCUAUUCGUUGAUUAUGGAAAU